UAUACUACUACUAAUAAAAGUACUACUACUACUAGUACUACUACUACUAGUACUACUAGUACUACUACUAGUACUACUACUAGUACUACUACUAGUACUACUACUAGUACUACUACUACUACUAUUACUACUACUACUAUUCCUACCAAUACUAAUACUACUACUAAUAGUACUAAUAUUAUUACUAGUAUUACUAACACUACUACUACUACUAGUACUCCUAAUAAUAGUACUAAUAGUACUACUAAUAAUACUACUACUACUACUAGUACUCCUCCUACUACUACUACUAGUACUACUACUAAUACUACUACGACUAUUAGUACUACUACUACUAGUACUACUUCCACUAGUACUACUAAUACUACUAGUACUAAUACUACUACUAAUACUACCAGUACUACUACUACUACUACUACUACUACUAGUACUACUACUACUACUACUACUACCACUAGUAGUACUACUACUAGUAAUACUACUACUAUAUUACAACUUACUACUACUAGUAAUACUACUACUACUAGUACUAAUACUACUACUAAUAAUACUACUACUACUAGUACUAGUACUACUAAUACUACUACUAAUAGUACUACUACUACUAGUACUACUACUACUAGUACUACUACUACUACUAUUACUACUACUACUACUACCAGUACUACUACUACUACUACUAGUACUACUACUAGUACUAUUAGUACUACUACUAGUACUACUACUACUACUACUACUAGUAGUACUACUACUAGUAAUACUACUACUAUAUUACUACUACUACUACUAUAUACUAAUACUACUAGUACUAAUACUAGUACUACUAAUACUAUUACUACUAGUACUAGUACUACUAAUACUACUACUAAUAGUACUACUAAUAUUAGUACUACUACUACUAGUACUACUACUACUACUAUUACUACUACUACUACUACUAGUACUACUACUACUACUACUACUAGUACUACUACUAGUACUACUACUACUAUUACUAAUACUACUACUACUACUACUAGUACUACUACAACUACUACUACUAGUACUACUACUACUACUAGUAGUACUACUACUACUACUAGUACUACUAGUACUAUGAGUACUACUACUACUACCAGUACUAAUAACACGACUACGACUACUAGUACAACUACUAGUACUACUAGUAAUACUAAUACUACUACUAGUAGUAAUACUACUAGUAAUACUACUACUACCAGUACUACUACUACUAGUACUACUACUAAUACUACUACUAGUACUACUACUAUUAUACUACUACUAAUAAAA